CUUUGUUGAGAUGGCUGCCACCUUUGUUUUCGUCCCAUUUUAUCGUCCCAAUUAUCAUUAUUCUUACUUUCUCAAUUGUUAGUUACACAAUAACAAACUUUUCGCUCCUUUACAGAUUUCAUAUAAUAUCUCACGUCAAUUUGACACUUAGUGGUGCACACUCCAUAAACUAAACAUAUUAAAAAAGUAAAAUUACAAACUUAUCCUUAAAGCUAUCUUUUUCCUCACAAUAUCCCUUUUCCUUCCUAUCUCCCCAUCUCUCUCUUCAACAGUUCAACACCAGUUUCUCAACUUUCUUCCCCCUCCCUCUCUUUCUACCUAUUAAAACGAACAAGUUCUUUAACACUUGGGGUUCAAAUUGAACCCAAAUUGAGGUUCAAUUACCUGGGUUCAUGAAUAACCCAGCACCAAAUAAGAGGUAUAAUAGGCCACAAACCAACAAAAUAAUGAGACUACAAGAAAAAUAGAUCACCAACAACGAGUUGUUGUUCUGGGCACAAAAUCAAAACCUACAAAGUUCAAAAUGAAAAACCAACUUUUCAGAAUAUAAAUCAAUGUCUCUUGAACAUCUAGAUAAAAUUUUAACUUAAUCCAAUAAUGAACUUUUGCAAAUUGGACAAAUUUGCAAAGUUGCACAUAGUACCAAAAAUGCAUAAAUUUCCCCUAUUUUCUUUUCCCUUUUUUGCCGAUUGGCACCAUUCACAUGCACUCCACGUUUUGCUAUAUCACCCCAAAAACAGACUUGUUUUAUGUGUCUAUUGUGUUACAAAAUGAUGGCCUAAAUUGAGGAUGAUUUUCUAAGAAAAUGAACUUUUCCUCAAGAUUUGGUGUUACUGUGAUUUAAGAGACCUACUCAAGAUUCUAAUUUGGUGCUUGAAUGCUUGAUUGAGUUUUGUUAGGAUUCAAAUAAUAUGUUCUAGGAUUCAAAUGAUUUGUUCUUGUUGUCAUUUGGGAAACGGGUUUUGUAAGGAAGAAGAUGGCUUUAAGGGUAAAUUGAUAAUUUUACUUUUACAAUUUUUUCGAUUUAUGGAGUGUGUGCCACCAGGUAUCAAACCAGCAAGUGCAUGAAUAAUUCCCCUAUCUCAAAUUGCUAGUUUGAUCUAAUAUUUAUUUUUUAUGAUUUUUAUUUUCAUCUGCAAGUACCUGUAACUUAAACUCAAACCUAUUACUCAUAUGUUGCAAACUUAUUACCGACUGCGUUUACCAGUGCUUUGAACAGACCUUUUUCUCAUAACAAUUUAUUUUAAAAUGUAAAUUUAUAAUUACUAAUUAUUGUUGUAUAUUUUUACUAAUUUUAAUUCAUUUAUUAUGUACUAUUUAUUCCAAAAAUAACUAUCAUUUUUAUUU